CCUUUCUAUAAAAAGUAAUUGCUCAGUAGGGCUUCUCUGUUGGCUGUAUAGCCAUGAGGCUGGGCUAUAGGUGUUUGGUGGCCUUAGUGCUGUUCUUCCUGAGGACAGCUCGGAGUCAAGAUGCCUUCCUCAGGAUCAGCUUCUCAGUCUUGCAGCACAGGUAUGACUGUGGUGACUAUGGGAUGCAGCUGGUGGUCUACCCCAGCCAGGGCUACACCAUCCACUUUAAAGUUAUGGAUGAGUUUGGGACGUCUUUUGAGGUUACAAACUGCUCCAUCUGCCUCCACUGGAUCACAACAGGCUGGGAUGGAGCUGUGGUCUUCUCCACUGGUUAUGAUGGCUGCCAUGUGCUGAAGAAGGAUGGUCGUAACUAUCUGAGGGUCCAUGUAGAGGAACUGCAGAGCACUGGGGAAAUUGCUACCACCCUCAAUGUCAAUAUGAUCUGCCCUAAACCUACUGAGCAUGACUCAAGUUCUGAGGAAAACGUGCAUUCUCUGCCUCGGCCCAGCCUCCAGCACCCAGCACCACCACCUGGAUUGGUGCGCCUGGUGCCAAGCAAUAUAGGGUCCCACCUCACAUGGCAGCAGUGCCAAGUGCCAGCUGGCAAGAUCCCAUGUGCAGAUACCCCAGGCCGAACUGCUUGCUUGCAGGCUGGCUGUUGCUAUAAUGAGAUGGACCGAGUGACUCCCUGCUACUAUGGUAACACAGCCACAGUUCAGUGCCUCAUGGAUGGCCACUUCAUUCUAGUGGUCUCCAGAGAGAUGUCUGAGUACCCCAUCAAGCUGGAUACUGUCCGAUUAGCUUAUGCCCAGGCAGAAUGCAAUCCCAUCCACGUGACGGAGGCUUUUGUGAUGUUCCGAUUCCCCUUCACACAAUGUGGCACCACAGUCCAGUUGACUAGAAGCAAACUGAUUUAUGAGAACCAGCUGAUAUCCAGUAUUGAUGUCAAGAAUGGACCAUAUGGUGGUAUCACCCGAGACAGCAUCUUUAUUCUUCAUGCUCGCUGUAUCUUCAACACCAGUAACUUCCUGCCAGUCCAGGCUGAGGUUUCCUUGCCUCCCUCGCUUCCUCCUGUGUCAGAGGCUGGGCCCCUGCUGCUUGAGCUGCGUAUUGCCACAGAUGAGACCUACAGUACCUACUACGUGGAUGGAGAGUACCCUGUGGUGAAAGUGCUCAAGGACCCUGUUUAUGUGGAGGUUCGCACCCUGGAGAGAACUGAUCCAUCCCUGGUUCUAGUUCUAGAGAAGUGUUGGGCCACCCCAAGUGCUAACCCCUUGGAGCAGCCACAGUGGCCCAUCCUGGUGAAUGGGUGCCCAUUCAUGGGAGACAACUACAGAACCCAGCUGGUGCCCACAGGAUCUGCCUCCUCUGAGCUACCCUUCCCUACUCACUACCAGCGCUUUGUCAUCUCUACCUUUGCCUUUGUUGACACGGCCUCCACAGUGGCACUUGGUGGACCAGUCUACCUCUUCUGUAGUGCCUCUGCCUGUCAUCCUUCCCAGCUGGAGCCCUGCAGACCCAUAUGCAGCAAUCCCCAACUGGACAGAGUCCGACGGUAUCUGAAUACCAACAAUGGGACAGAAAAGCCCUUGGACCUGGUGAGUUCUCAUGGACCUGUGAUCUUCCAGGGGAUCCAUGAGCCACGAAGAGAGAGAGUCUAUGAGAAUGAGGAUGUGGUCUCCAGAACACACCCAAGCCCUGUAUUCCUGGGUGCACUUGCUCUACUGGUGGUGACUUUGCUCAUAGCUCUACUGCUACUCUACAGGAGAAGAGGUGGGAUGAUGACCAGGACCCAGAGUUGGCUGCAAAACCAGGCUUCUGUUUUUUAUUGUCCAGCUAUUUCAGCCAUGUGGCUGGGCUGCAGAUGCUUUAUAGCCUUGGUACUGAUCAUCUCCCUGGGAAGAACCCAUGGGCAGCUGGACUUCCACCGGGUCACGCACUCAUUCUUACAGUACAAGUAUGACUGUGGAGACUAUACGAUGCAGCUGCUGGUCUUUCCAAGCUGGGGCCACACCAUCCAAUUUAAAGUUCUAGAUGAGUUUGGGACACCCUUUGAAGUUUCAAAUUGCUCCAUCUGCCGCCACUGGAUCAGCUCAGGCGAGGGAGGGGCUGUAAUCUUCUCAGCUGGCUAUGAUGGUUGUCGUGUGCUGAAGAAGGAUGGCCGUCACCACCUCAGGGUCCGUGUCGAGGAAUUGCUGAGCACUGGCAUCAUCAUGGCCUCCUAUGAUGUGAACAUGACCUGUCCUAAACUGAUAGAAUAUGACUCCACCUUGGAGGACAAUCUGCGCUCUGUGUCUCCACCCAGCCUGGUGCACCUUGUCCCUCAGCCCCAGCCUGGCCUGAUGCGCCCAAUGCCCCAACCCCAGCCUGGUCUUGCAUACCCUGUUCCCCAACCUCAACCUGGCCUGCUGCGUCCUGUCCCUCAGCCCCAGCCCCUGCCCCAGCCCCUGCCUGGUUUGGUGCACUCUGUGCCCCAACCCCACCCUGGUGUGGUGCGUCCUGUCCUUCAACCUCAGCCCCACCCUGGCGUGGUGCGUCCUGCCCUACAACCCCAACCCCAGCCCCAGCCCCAGCCCCUGCCUGGUCUGGUGCACCCUGUGCUCCAAUACCAGCCUGGCCUGGUCCGUCCUGUCCCUCGACCCCAGCCCCAGCCCCUUCCUGGUCUGGUGCACCCCAUACCCCAAUCCCUGCCCCAGCCUGGUCUGGUGCAUCCUGUCCAUCAUCCCCGGCCCCAGCCCCUGCCUGGUCUAGUGUACCCUGUGCCCCAACCCCAGCCCCAGCCUGGCUUGGUGUACUCUGCUUACCAACCUCAGCCAGGCUUGGUACACCUUAACUCUCAACUCCAGCCCCAGCCUGGCCUGGUGUAUCCUGCUCCCCAAACUCAGCCUGGCCUGAUGCAUCCUGUCCCUCAGCCGCAACCACAACCACAGCCUGGCCUGGCCCACCCCAUUCCUCAAAACCAGCCCCAGCCCCAGCCCCCCAGCCGGAUACGCCCCAUAGUUCAACCUCAGCCAGGCCUGGACCAGCCUAUUCCUGGCCUUCUGCGCCCUGUGCCCCGGCCCCAGCCCUUGCCUGGGUUGGUGCACCCUAUCCCACAGCCCCAGCAUGGCUUCGUGCACCCCAUGCUGCAACCACAGCCACAUCCCAGCCUGGUGCGCCCUGUGCCGCUCUUCUACACUUCCACACAAGCAGGAGCCCAGCUCACAUGGGAGCAGUGUCGAGUGGCAGCUGGCAAGAUCCCCUGUGGAACUACCCCCGGCCGAGCUGCUUGCUUGCAGGCUGGCUGCUGCUAUGAUGAGAUGGACCGAAUGACACCCUGCUACUAUGGCAAUACAGCCACAGUUCAGUGCCUCAUGGAUGGCCAGUUCAUUCUGGUCAUCUCCAGGCACAUGUCUGAGUACCCCAUCAACCUGGACAGUGUCCGGAUAGCCUACGCCCAAGCAGGAUGUGACCCCAUACGAAUGACAGAGGCUUUUGUGAUGUUCCAGUUCCCCUUCACGCAAUGUGGCACCACAGUCCAGGUGAUUGGUGACAAACUGGUCUAUGAGAACCAGCUGAUCUCUAGCAUUGAGGUCCGGACCGGGCCACGUGGCUCCAUUACCCGGGACAGCACUUACAUCCUCCAUGCACGCUGCAUCUACAAUGCCAGUGACUUCCUGCCCCUCCAAGUUGAAGUCCUUAUGCCCCCAACACAAGCUUCAGUUGCUCAGUUUGGGCCCCUCCGACUUCAGCUGCGCAUUGCCACAGAUGAGACCUACAGUGGCUACUAUGUGGAUAGAGAGUACCCUGUGGUGAAGGUACUUAGGGACCCUAUCUACGUGGAGGUUCGCAUCCUGCAGAGAACAGACCCAUCCCUGGUUCUGGCUCUGCACCAGUGCUGGGCUACCCCAACCACCAACCCCAUGGAGCAUCCACAGUGGCCCAUUCUGGUGGAUGGGUGCCCGUUCUCAGGAGACAACUACAGAACCCAGCUGGUGCCCAUGGGAUCUGCCACUGCUGAACUACCCUUCCCUAAUCACUACCAGCGUUUCAUCAUUUCCACCUUUACAUUUGUGGACACUGCCUCCUAUGCAGCCCUCAAAGGAGAAGUUUAUAUUUUCUGCAGUGCAUCCAUCUGCCAUCUCUCCCAGCCAGAGCCCUGCAGGCCCACAUGCCAAUCAGGAGCUACAGCAAGAGCCCGCAGGUCCCUGCGCACCAACAAGGAGAAAGAAAAGCACCCGAAUCUGGUGAAUUCUCAUGGACGUGUGAUCCUCAGGGGGAGCCCUGGGACAUCCAGAGAGUGAGAUGGAGAACGAUGACCCUGUCUUCAGCCUAGUUCUGUGCUCCUGGCUGUGCCCUCCCUCUUGGUGAUGGCCCUGCUCUGUAGAGGAAGGGGCUGGAUGACCGGCCCCAAAGCCUUCAUGGGCAAUCACUGGAACAUAAGAGGAAGAAAUAAAAUCUGUGG